AGUUUCAGGUAGGACUUGAAGGUUGCUACCACGCCCGUUGCUUCGGGAAGAUCAAAGGAGGAGGACGUGGUGAAGAUCAAAGGAGGAGGACGUGCGAUGGAGGGUGAUGGUGGUAUUAUGAAUAGGGAGAACUCGGAAGGGUUUGCACCGGGUGGAACCGGGCAUGCCAACCGAGAAAAGCCCUUAGGACCAAAGGUGCACGAAACUCUUGAAGCUCAAAUCGUGAGUGGUGGUCAUGUUAAGACCAAGGAAGAAUCACCUUGUUAUGGCAAAACUGAACCACUCAAGGCUUCGGGUGACGAAGGAGAUGAUUUGAGUGAUGAGGACCUUGAUGGUGCACCCAUUGAACAAAUGGGCAUGGUCAUAGAUUGGCUUCAACGUGAACGUGUGAGGCUUAUACAAAAACGCCAAGCUAGGCAAGCUGAGGGCAUACCAUUAGUAAGGAAGAGGAAGCGGGGAGACAACGAUUCCCAAAGACAUUCAAGGAGGACAAACGUUGAGGGUGACAAAACCUUCAGGGCGCAGACACUAUCACUUGAGUGGAGUCGAGGCUUGGGUGGCCCGAACUCGAGGUCAAAAGGUUCGAGGGUACCUAAGUGCAACAAUUGCAAGAAACACCACUCGGGUAAGUGUCAGGACCCUCCCAGGUGCUAUCAAUGCACAGAGGUCGGGCACACGAGAGUGAGUUGCCCACAAAUUGUGCAAAACCAAACUUCGGGGUCAAGUGGUGGAACUACAAGAAAUGAAAACCAAACCGAGGUUUCUCAAGGGAGCAGGGGACAUGGGGGAGCAAGCACGAGCAACGCGCCAUCCGUGAACCAAGGAAGGACCCAAGCUAGGGUCUAUGCGAUGACGGAGGCGGAUGCUCAAGCUAACCUGGAUUCCGUUGAAGGUAGUACCUCUUGUAUACUUGUUUUUUAUCCUUAAUUAGUCCAUAAAUUGAGGUUGCUAGUCGUUGGGAUCGUUGCACGAAGCUUGGGGGUCAAACGGAGCGAAAAUCGGGUGAAAGACGGCUGAUUUUUUGCCAACGCACACCAGGCUGGACCAUACGCACGGCCGUGCGUUGUCCGUGCGUUGGUCCGUGCGUUGGUGGCAGUAGCAACCGGGAAGAAAUUGCUAUACGCACGGACGUGCGUUGUCCGUGCGUUGGUCCGUGCGUUGGUGGCAGUAGCUCCGUUUUGAGGUUAUAAGACACGCACGCCGUGCGUACCUCCUAGGCACGCCGUGCGUACCUCCUGGACAGCCCAAAGUCGACUUUGUUUGCGCCGUAUUGCAACGUUAAGACCCGUUCUUGAUCUCAAACACGUGUGUGAACAUAAUAAACCUCUCUAAAUGAGUAGGGAGGGUAGGAAAGAUGUCUUACAUGGUUCAUGAAUGUAGGGACACUAAAGAUUAAUGGGAAGGAUGCGCGAAUCCUUAUCGAUACCGGGGCGCAACGUUCAUUUGUGAAUGAAGCGUUCGCCAAGAGUUUGGAAGUGCAAUCCGCACCAUUGAUGCAAACCUUAGUGGUAUCAACACCACUAGGGGAUGACGUGGAAACAACUCGUUACAAUCCAUCUUGUGGGGUGGAAGUUAAUGGUCAAACAUUGACGUGUGACUUCGUACCGCCGAGCAUGAUUGAAUUCGAUGCAAUCCUAGGGUUGGAUUGGCUAGAAAGGAACCAUGCUAGGGUAGAUUGCUACACGAAGGUUCUUAAACUCGAAGGCAAUGAUGGGGAGACCCUACGCUUCGAGGGCGAUCGAGGGAGAUCAAACAGAUGUAUCAUAUUCGUCGUGAGAGCGAGAAGUAGGAUGAGAAAGGGAUGCCACGCAUAUCUAGCAUACGUGGUUGACAUAACCAAAGAGGAAACGAACAUCGAUGAUGUGAGGGUGGUUUGUAAGUACCCGGAUGUUUUCCCUAAAGACAUACCGGGGCUUCCACCUAAUAGGGAGAUUGAAUUUGUGAUCGAGGUCGAACCCGGUACGAAACCAAUCUCUAUACCGCCAUGUCGGAUGGCACCUGCUGAACUUAAUGAAUUGAAAACCCAAUUGCAAGAGCUAUUGGAUAAUGGUUUCAUUAGAGCAAGACACUCCCCGUGGGGAGCACCAGUUCUUUUUGUGAAAAAGAAAGGUGGGACACUUCGAAUGUGCAUUGACUAUCGUCGACUGAACAAGGUCACAAUCAAGAAUAGGUAUCCUUUGCCUAGGAUUGAUGACUUGUUUGAUCAACUACGAGGAGCAACCGUGUUUUCGAAGAUUGACUUGAGGUCGGGGUACCAUCAAUUGAAGAUCAAGAAAGAUGACAUACCAAAGAGUGCUUUCCGCACAAGGUAUGGGCAUUUUGAGUUCCUCGUUAUGUCGUUUGGGUUAACAAAUGCCCCAGCGGCAUUCAUGGACUUGAUGAACCGAGUAUUCCAUAAAUGCUUGGAUCGAUUCGUGGUCGUGUUCAUAGAUGACAUCUUGAUUUACUCAAGGAGUGAAGAAGAACAUGAGGAACACUUGAUACUUGUCCUCGAGACGCUACAGGGGAAGCAACUCUAUGCCAAAUUCUCUAAAUGUGAAUUUUGGCUAAAGGAAAUUGGCUUUCUCGGGCAUGUAGUUUCGGGAUCGGGAAUUGCCAUUGAUAGCAAGAAGAUAGAAGCCAUUACCGAGUGGGAGAGACCAAAGAACGUCAAGGAAAUUCGUAGUUUCCUUGGGUUGGCAGGCUACUACAGAAAGUUCGUGGAGAAGUUCUCCGUUUUGGCAUCGCCGUUGACGAAGCUCACUCGAAAGGGAACUAAGUUUAUAUGGGAUGACAAAUGUGAGAAAGGAUUCAUCGAACUGAAGAAGAGGUUGACCGAGGCACCGGUACUUGCAUUACCCAAACAGGGUAUGGGGUACGAUGUCUAUAGUGAUGCGAGCAUCCAAGGGUUUGGGUGUGUGUUGAUGCAGGAGGGGAGGGUAAUUGCCUAUGCUUCGCGACAGUUGAAGAAGCAUGAGGUAAAUUAUCCUACCCAUGAUCUGGAGCUGGAGCAGUAGUGUUUGCACUGAAGAUUUGGAGACAUUAUCUCUACGGAGAGACGUGUCACAUAUAUACUGAUCAUAAGAGCUUGAAGUACGUGUUUACUCAGAAAGAGUUAAACAUGAGACAGAGACGGUGGAUGGGGUUGAUAAAGGACUACCAUCUAGUUAUUGAGUACCAUCCAGGCAAGGAAAACGUUGUAGCAGAUGCCCUCAGUCGGAAGAGUUCGUCUGGGGCAUUGUUGACUAGUUUGAGGGCACUGAGGGCCCAAUUGGAUGUAUCUAACGACGGUGCCUUAUUGGCACGAUUCGAAGUGAGACCAACCUUACUUGAGGAGAUCAAGAAGGGUCAAGAGACGGACACAGAACUUAUGAAGGUCCGGGAACGCAUGCAAGCGGGACCGGUGGAGGAUUUCAGGGAAAGAGACGAUGGUCUCUUGUUAUUUCGUGACCGAGUGUGUGUACCGUCAGAUGAUGAGCUCCGAAAGUCCAUCUUAGAGGGGGCUCAUUCAUCGGCUUAUGCCAUGCACCCUGGGAGCACGAAAAUGUACCGUGAUUUGAAAGAAAGUUACUGGUGGUCUGGGAUGAAGAGGGAAAUAGCCGAGUACAUCAGUCGAUGCCUUACUUAUCAACAAGUUAAGGCAGAACAUCAGCAUCCAGCAGGCUUAUUACAACCACUUUCCAUCCCUGAAUGGAAGUGGGAGCACGUGACUAUGGAUUUCGUGGUAGGCUUACCACGGACUAUCAGGAACUAUGACGCGGUUUGGGUUGUUGUUGAUAGGCUCACAAAGAGGACACACUUUUUACCUAUCAACACUACCUACCCACUCGAGAGGUUAG